AACUGGUUGUGGAGAAGCAAGGGUCAAAGCAGAGCAACUCUCACUCCGCCCACUUCCGAGCUGCAUGCAACACGAAAGAAGCUGUUUCUCCUUCGAUCCUCAGGGCGAGAAACUUUUCGGACUGAUCUGGUUCACGGAGCUGAAUCAUGGCUCGUCGUCGUGUGGCUGUGAUUGGAGGAGGGGCUUCAGGUCUGGCCUGCAUUAAGUGUUGCCUGGAUGAAGGGCUGGAGCCUGUCUGCUUUGAAAGCAGCGAUGACAUUGGCGGUCUGUGGAGGUUUAAGGAGAAUCCUGAGCCAGACAGGGCCAGCAUCUACCACUCUGUCAUUAUCAACACCUCCAAGGAGAUGAUGUGUUUCAGUGACUUUCCCAUUCCUGCACAUUUCCCAAACUUUAUGCACAACUCCCUCAUUAUGGACUACUUUCAUAUGUAUGCGGACCACUUCCAGCUCACCAAGUACAUCCGCCUUAAUACUAAAGUCUUGCAGGUGAAGCAGAGGUCAGAUUUUUCUCAUUCAGGUCAGUGGGAUCUUCAGACAGAAAAUAAGGAUGGCAAAAAGGAGAAACACAUCUUUGAUGCUGUAAUGAUCUGUAUUGGACAUCACUGUCAGCCCAACAUGCCUCUUCAUGACUUCCCAGGGAUUGACACUUUCACUGGAAAGUAUUUCCACAGCAGAGACUACAAGACUUCUGAGGAGUGGAGGAACAAAAAGGUUGUGGUGAUUGGAAUAGGCAACUCUGGAGGAGACAUAGCAGUUGAGCUGAGCCGAGUCACCAAGCAGGUUUAUCUGAGCACUCGAAGGGGAGCUUGGAUCCUGAACAGAGUUGGAAACAAUGGGAUGCCCCUUGAUCUGUAUUUCAACAGGGUGACUGAUUUUCUAGCUAGUGUCCUUCCCUUUGGUUGGUUCUGUUCCCUUGGAGAGAGACAACUCAACCAAAGAUUUGAUCACGCGCUGUACAAUCUAAAGCCGAAGCACAGGUUGCUCAGCCAACAUCCUACUGUGAAUGAUGAGAUUCCCAACCGCAUCCUAUCUGGAACAAUUCAAGUGAAGCCCAACAUCCGCAGAUUUCAGGGUUCCAGCGUUGAGUUUGAUGAUGGGACUGUAGUGAAAGACGUUGACCUGGUGGUGUUUGCAACUGGCUACAACUUUUCUUAUCCAUUCCUAACCUCCCAAGUCAUCUCAGUGACUGAGAACAAAACAUCUCUGUACAAGUAUGUGUUUCUUCCAGAGCUGGACCGCCCAACGCUUGCUGUCAUUGGUCUUGUGCAGCCUCUUGGAGCCAUUAUGCCCAUCUCUGAGAUGCAAGCCAGAUGGGUCACACGGGUUUUUAAAGGCUGCAUAAAGCUUCCUUCAGCAAGUGCUAUGCUGAAAGAUGUCAUGUGCAAGCAGAACAACAUGGCUAAAAGGUAUGUGACCAGUCAGAGACAUACCAUCCAGGUUGACUACAUCAGAUACAUGGAUGAGAUCGCAGAGAUGGUUGGGGUUCGACCCAAUAUCACAAGGAUGCUGCUGACCGAUCCAAGGCUGGGACUGAAUGUGAUGCUUGGUCCCUGCACCCCAUACCAGUAUCGCCUCAGAGGACCAGGAAAGUGGGCUGGAGCUCGCCAGGCCAUCCUCACCCAGUGGGAGAGAAUCGCUCAGCCCAUGCAAACCAGGCCAUGUAACGACCCCAAAGCAAAGAGAUCUUUGCACUGGCCUCUGGUUCUGUCAGCUGCUGCCCUGGGCGUGGCUGCAUAUGUCAACAGGAACAGUCUUGCAGCUUUUCUGCAGGAUCCGACUCCUUUGCUGGAGAGAGUUAAAACGUACCUGCCCACAAAGUGAUGCACAAUUCCCAAUGAAAUCAUUUUCUAUGGGAUAACUCUUGUGACCAAUGUAAACGUUAGUAAAUCUUUGCAGUAAACUACACAAAUGUCUCAAAUUUGGAAUAUUCAAAUAUAUUUUAAUUAAGGAUACAGAUCUAUAACACAUGUAAAAGCCAGCUGAUGUUAAAGUACACUACAUUAAUCAGUACAUUCUUUUGUUUGUCCAAUUUACAGAUUUGUGCUUCGCUCUGUAUAGCCUUAGGUUUGCAUGAUUUUUAGAAUAUAUUUUUUUCACUUUAGCCUUUAUUUUUUUUCUCAUAGAUUAUAAUUGGCGAUUUAUAAAGCUCUCUGCUCCUCCGCUUCCUAUGUGAAUUCUGAGUAUAUGAACUAUUACAUUUUGAAAAUGUCAUUUUAACUAAACUUACAAAAUACACAGAUCCUGGUUUCUUUUUCACAGUAAUUAUGUAAAACUGCAUUGUCACGUGUGUUCUUUUUUAUACUAAUGUAAUUUCUCAUGUAUAAUUGUGCUCCUCAUUAAACCAGUUAAAAAUAAAAUCUAUUUAAAAGA